AUUUACCGCGGUCAGGUUCGGUUGGCUUGUUGGUUGGUGCUUCCUUCCGGGAAGUUGUAGUCUGUGAGAGCAGUGCGUUGGGCAAGGUACGGUGAUCCACUUUGAUCUUUCCUGUCCGGCUGGAGCGUUGGAAUUGUUGCAUUGUGCGAAAUAAAUCGUGACGUGAUCGAUGUGUAGUUUCUGCUGUUGCGCGCCGUUGAUGAUGGAUUAGAGGGCGAGAACAACGGAGAGUACGAGGAAGAAAAGAUUAAAAGUGGCGCACUGAUGAAGUUGGGAGGUGUUGAGAGUGCCCCAUAAGUCACGAAUCGAUCGACUGUGUUCUACUUGCAGAAUCGAUCAGAUUUCUGUGUGUUUGUGUGAGUCUUGUGUUGACCCAACAAUCGCUGAAGGUGAAGAAGGUGCGAAGGCGAGAAGCGAGAGGGUGUUGUGAAAUUGUUUCAGAAUCCAAAGAAGCCGACCGGACCAGGAAGGUGGGAAACGAACGAGCCGAGAGGACGGAAGGUGGUGUUUUGGCGCAUAGCAUCGAUUCGAGGGAAAAUCGGACGUCGAACGUCGAGCCGCUAGAACACCAUGGGUAGUUCUGGCUAUACGUGCAUACGACGGACAUUCUGCUCGUUCAAUAUUCUAAUAUGGCUUUGCGGUAGCUGCUUUCUCGCCAUCGGCGCGUGGCUCCGGUUUGCCGCGCCAGGCUAUGCCACUCUACUGCCAGACCACGCUGCCCUCAGUGCGGAUUGCCUGUUCAUGACCAUCGGCGUAGUCAGCUUCGUUAUCGCCUUUUUCGGCUGCUGCGGCUCGUGGUUCCAGUCGAGGUGUUUCCUGAUUAUAUAUUUCUCGCUGGUGGUAGUGCUGUUUCUAAGCGAGUUUCUGCUGGGAUCGCUGGCGUUUGUCUUCCGAGGUGGAAUCGGCCGAAUGAUGAUUCACGAGCUGAAGUAUGGCAUCGAGAAGCACUACAACAUGUCGGAUCGGGGAGGCCUUCUGUCGCCCUCGGUGGCCUCCAUCUGGGAUAAGGUGCAGGUUGAGCUACAAUGCUGCGGUGUGAGUUCGUACGAAGAUUGGUACGACAUCAGCGCCUGGCCGGGUGAGCGGUGGGUUCCACGUUCUUGCUGCCGACCGCGAUACAAUUCCUUGAUGAUGGAAGGAUCGGGCGAUGAUAUGCAGAGCGUUGAUUGCCGGAAAGCUGGCGAUCCAUCUCUGCUGUGGGACAAGAGCUGUGGUCAAAUUCUUCAAAUGUUUUUCGUCCAACGACUACACGUCGUCGGAACUGUUGGUUUAGUCAUAGCAUUUUUGCAGCUAUUCGGUCUCAUAUCAUCGAUGUUACUAUUUUGCACAGUGAAGCACAAACGCUCCUCGAAAACGUACAAAUCCUACUCGCCCACGGUGGAUACAACUCUAAAUCGAAACAGCACCGGAACCUAUCUGGAUGAUUGAUAUUGACUCAAUUCUCGAGCCAAAAUCGAGAACAUUGAAAAUCGAGAAAUGAACCCGACGCACAAAGAUCAACACGAACAAAACGAUGAAGAAAGCUGAUGAAUACUCAAUGAGAAACUAUUUGCUUUUACACAUUAUAUAGGGGAAAUGGCUCUAAUGUUGGCCUAUGGAUCUAAGAUUUAGACCAUCGCUAAAAAUAUGCUAUUCAUCAAUUUUAUCUAGAUGAACGCGUCAUUGGGACGGUUCUAAUGGAUAUUUUUGGUCGCUAUUGAAAAUUUAGUCGAUUGCUGAAUUUAUGUAUGGGCCCAAAUUAGGGGCAUUUAGGCCGACAUUACAUCCAUUUCCCCUAGAUCAAAGAUUGCCGAUGAUACGCCGAAAUCGAAUCCUUAGAUUAAGGAGAUGCUGUGCCAAAAAACGUUGAAGAUAACUGAUUGUAUUUUUUGUUAAGAAAAGAUUAAGCUAGUAUUGAUAAUUUAUGAAACGUUAGCGACCUUAGGCGUUAGGACGGUGACGUAGAAAAGGGGAAAAAAAAAACAAACAAUUGGUGUACGGUCGUUCCGGAACAUUUUAUUUACAAAAGAAACCAGUGAUUUGAAAUCUCUGAUCAAGCCUCGGUAGGUUUUAGAAUUAAAUUUAUCUUGUUUUAGGAUUAUUUAUAAAAAUAUAAAUCGAGGAAACUAGCUUAGCAGUAAAACACAUUCCAAAGUAGCAGUUGUAUUUACAUAAUAAUCAAUGAAGUGAAAUAAAUCAUAAUUGUACUCGA